CAGUGGUCGCACACGGGAGAGAGUGUAUUUUUGGAAACCUACUACCCGACCUCGGAACAGACUGAAGACCACCACCAUAUCGUAACUACAACAUAUCUGUUCGUAUUCAAACGAGCUCCGGUCAAGAAUUUGGACUCUUGAGCAAAGACGAAAAGGAGAUGCAGAUCAGCAGAUGGAAGUCGGGAACAAAACAAACCGUGUCACCCUGACUACACGAGUGGCUGAAUCAUUCACAGGCUAGCCAGCCACCACAGCUGGCUUAGGUAGUUGGUUAUCUUAUAUGCGGGUAUAUAUCAUCCAUUAAUUAUCUACGGACUUCUCUUCUACUCAAUUUUAAUCUGUUUCGCAUUUUUAUCACGCGUUGCUAUGGUAGUGUAACGUCGUUAGACUAGCAGGUUAGCAGGCUAAUGUUAGCUGUGGCUACCCAUAUUUGAUCUGCUGUGGUUAGCUGCAGGAUGUAGCUGAGGCUGCAAGUCACAGCAUUAGUUUUCAUACGGUGUUUACUUCAAGUUGCUCGUCAGUGCGGAGUGAGAAUGUGAAGCACAAUGGCUAACCUUGAAGCUUAUCAGGAGUAUCAGAGAAUUGAGGACUUUGAGGAGGACUCACCACCAGGGGAAGAGGAUUUGUUGGUGCAUGUGCCCGAAGGCCUGAAAGACUCAUGGCACCACAUCAAGAACCUGGAUAACUUCUUCACAAGAAUCUAUCAUUUUCAUCAAAAGAAUGGAUUUGCUUGUAUGAUGUUGUCAGAGUUCUUUGAACUUGUUCAGUUUUUGUUUGUUGUAACAUUCACAACGUUCCUCGUCAACUGUGUGGAGUAUGACGUCCUGUUUGCCAAUCGAGUCGUCAAUCACACUGGGCCGGGCCAUAAUCCCUUGGACAGGAACAAAGUCACUCUUCCAGAUGCCAUCCUACCCAGCCAGCAGUGUACUCAGAGGAUCCAAGAAAACAGCUGGAUUAUAUUCCUUCUCAUCAUGGGAGCCAUCUUUUGGUUGUAUCGACUCAUUAAAGUCUUUUGCAAUGUUCUGAGCUACUGGGAGAUCAGGCAGUUCUACAUCAAAGCGCUGAAAAUUAGAAUGGAUGAACUAUGCAACUUCACAUGGCAGGAAGUGCAGGACCGGCUCAUCAGCCUGCAGCGAGAACAGCAAAUGUGCAUACACAAGAAAGAGCUGACAGAACUUGACAUCUACCACCGCAUCCUGAGAUUCAAGAACUACAUGGUGGCCAUGAUAAACAAAUCACUGCUACCAGUGCAGCUGCAGCUCCCUCUGCUGGGCAAUGUGGUGUUCCUCACACAAGGCCUGAAGUACAACUUUGAGCUCAUACUGUUCUGGGGUCCUGGUUCUCUCUUUCAGAAUAAGUGGAACCUGCACCCAAAGUACAAGCGCAUUGGAAAUCGCCUAGAGCUCGCCCAGCAGCUUAGUAGAGUCAUCCUGCUGAUGGGUUUGGCCAAUUUGCUGCUUUGUCCCUUCAUCCUAGUGUGGCAAGUGCUGUAUGCUUUCUUCAGCUACACUGAAGUGAUCCGCAGAGAGCCCGGGAGCCUGGGUGCCCGACGUUGGUCCCUGUACGGUCGUUUAUACCUGCGUCACUUCAAUGAGCUGGAUCAUGAGCUGCAUGGACGCUUAGGCCGCGGCUACAAACCCACUUCCAAAUACAUGAACUCCUUUACAUCACCAAUGCUGACUGUGCUUGCUAAAAACAUAGCCUUCUUCUCUGGCUCGGUGCUGGCUGUGCUCAUCGCACUGACAGUCUAUGAUGAAGACGUUCUGACAGUGCAGCACAUCCUGACUGCUAUCACUGUGCUGGGGGUGGUUAUUACUAUCACCAGGUCCUUCAUCCCAGAUGAGCAUAUGGUGUGGUGCCCAGAACAGCUGCUGCAGUGCAUGCUGGCUCACAUUCACUAUAUGCCAGACCACUGGAGGGGCAAUGCUAACAAGAGCGAGACCCGUGACGAGGUGGCGCAACUGUUCCAGUACAAAGCGGUGUUUAUCUUGGAGGAGUUGCUCAGUCCUAUUGUCACACCCUUCAUUCUCAUCUUCCUCCUGAGGAACAAAUCUCUAGAGAUCAUUGACUUCUUCAGGAGUUUUACUGUGGAGGUUGUUGGAGUCGGAGACAUCUGUUCCUUUGCGCAGAUGGACAUCAGACGCCAUGGAAACCCAACAUGGAUGUCAGAGGGCCAGACAGAGGCUUCCAUAUACCAACAGGCUGAGAAUGGCAAGACAGAGUUGUCCCUCAUGCAUUUCACUAUUAAGAACCCACACUGGCAGCCGCCACAGGAGAGCUCAGUGUUCAUCAGCCAUUUAAAGGAGAAGGUGCAGCAUGACGCACAAGGCGGCCCCUCCACCCAGCUGCUGCUCUCUGAGGCUCCUCUCUGCACCUCGCUGCAGUCCAAUGAGUCUGGCUCCGGGCCUGAUAAUCUGUUGGCCAGUGUCCUGGCCCACCCCAUUCUAACUGCAUCUGGACUACAAGGACGAGAUCAUCGCUUUAUUCCGCCAAGCAGCGCUGCUUCUGCGGCUGCCAGUGUCCUGGCCUCUUUGUCCACCUCCCAGUACACACAUCCCAGCCGUGGCCGCUCACAUGGCCUCCUGCCAACCUCCGUCCAUCCUGAGAGCACCAUGUACCGCAGCGACCGAACCGUUAUGGACAGUAUGUCUAACAGUGAUUCUCGCAUUCGGAGCAAUGCACUGCACUCAGAGUUCGCCUCAGCAGAGAUGAGUCUACAUGCCAUCUACAUGCAUGAGCUCCACCAACAGAGCUCCCACCCACAGAGACCUUCAGGGCAGUGGCAGAACCCAGUGCCAUUGAGAGAUCUACACACAAGCUCUGGUUUCCAGGCACAUAGUAGCCUCAGUUCUACAAUUUCCAUGCCCACCCCUGUGCACCUUGGUGGCUGGCAAGAGGAGGAUGAGGAUGAGGAUGAAGAAGAUCAGGAGAUUAAUAAUGGAUCUACUCCAAAACAGGGCACCGGGAGUAGUUGUUGAAGUGCCUUUUGUCAUCAGGUAUAGGCUCUCUUUUGAACUUUGGAAGAUGGCACUAUGAUCUUUGCUUGGUGGUUCUAUAUUCUGUGACUUGUUUGUUGAACCUAACAACAAAUGGCUUUUUAUCCUAUGAAAGGAUACAUCGGCAUGAUAGUUUCUCUUCUCUUUUUUUUUAAAUAGUGUUUACAUUUUAUUUUCUUCAAUGAACAUUGUGGCCUUAGAUGAUCUUCAUGGAGAAUUUAGCAUGGACCUUUAAAACAUCAUUCAGCGUUUGUUGUAAGAGGGGUCAUUGAAUAACCACUGUCUCUGCACCUCCACGCCUCAUCCUGUCACACCAGGCAGACUAUGGCAUCAGGGAAACCAUAUGUCUUCCGUCCGUUUCAUCACGAUUUUUGUCAUAUAAGCGUGUACAGACAAAGUGUGUAUAAAGUAACAGAGAGACAAUAUAGUGUAUUCAUAGGAUCACUGUGUGAUGGGGAGUGUGGACAGUUUUAUUGUGGAAUGCAAAAGGCUCAUCGUGAUUCUAGCUGCGCCUCUGCUUGCGCAAUUCAAGUAUUUAUACGUCACAAGGUUUUACAGUCUUACUUGUAGUUUCUGACAUAAAGGUGUCCUGAUCUGUGCUACAAAGACUGUAAGCUGUAUCAUAGCCACCUGAACAAAUUGUGAUCAUCUGGAAUAUUUAAUUCAAUAUUUCAACCUGUGCUGUUUGACCCUUGUGAUUUGUAAAUACACUUUUGCGUCUCACUUAUCCUUGGAAAGUCCACAUUUUUACUACCAGACCUAAUUCUUGAAAAAUGUACCAAGUAUUGCUAUGGAGCUAAGUGUACAGUAGCUGUACUAAAACCAUGUGUAUCUGCAAAAAGCCCCAUUGGGCUAGAUAAACUACGCACACACAUGCUUUGAUGCUGCUGUCUGUGUUUAUUGGGCCUAAAUACAGAUUAUGUUCAGUAUUAAUAUUUCUAUAGAUGUAUCAAGACCUUUGCUAAUCCUUAAAAAAACAGGAAUGAGAUCAUGGAUCAAAAUGCACUUGACAUCAAAUCCCAAUGCAGAUAGAAGAUGUAUUUUAAUUUUAUUUAAGCUAGACACAAAGUCAGCGUUAUGCCUUAACACUCAUGUAUUUAAAUCCCAGUUUUCCGUAUUACCUCAGUGGCAGCGAAAAAAACCUAAAUAUCUCAGUCAGUACCUCUGCAGUUUAUUUACUCUGGUGUAAAUAGAAAUAUAUUUUAGAUUUUCUCAAGGUACAGAUGCAUCUUUUAACUGCAUUUUGAUUUUGAUGGCAGGUGUAAAUUGAAUAAAUGUCACCUUCUGCUUUUAUUCUUUGCCCAGCAAAUGUUAGAUCAAGUAUUGAUGUCCCAGAAAUAGUCAAGAAUAAUCCCUUUUUUCUUAUUUAAAAAAAAAAAAAAAAAUUUUAAAGAACAAAACAGGGUGGUAUUGCUUUUACAAAUCUUGGUUGUGUGCAUUAAUUUUGCCUCCUUUUUUCAAAAGGCUGACAAAUAGAUGAAAGUUCAUUAUCAGGGCUGACUUCAGUGUGCACAGUUGCAUCUGCAGCUUUAGGUUUGACAGUGUUGGCUUUACUUUUAAAGUAGGAGGAUGAAGAGAAAAAAAAGGCUUGCCACAGUCAGCAUCAUUAAUUAGCUUUAGGUUUAUUUAUUACCUGUUUCCCCAUAGAUGUUUAAUUGAUGUAUGUAUAUUAUUUAUUUGAAAAAACAACAACAAAUCAUUUAUUUAGAUUGUUUUGCCACAAAAGUUUAUAUUCUUGUUGAUAAAAGAAUGGCAUGUUACCCCAAAUCUUUAAUUAGUUCAAAAAAUGAUUUUGGUAUAAUGCUUUUAUAAAUGCAAAAAAGAACAUGCCCAGCUGCAUGAUAUUGAAUGUGAUUUACACUUAAAAUAAACUGGGACUAUAUUUGCUUGUUGAUGUGGUGCACAAAAUACUGCUUUACAUAUUUUUCUGUUUUCAUUCUGCGCACAGAAGUAGGCAUUAGACAAUAUGAAAAUUUCCUGUCAUGAUUAUCGUGGCCAAAAUAAUGCGAUUCAUGAUAUCAUCCAGAUAACCAUCAAAAUAUGCUUUAAAACUCUUAAAAUGGCACUAAAACAUGCUGGAAUCACUUUGCCAGAAACAAAUAUUUCCACAAUGACCUGAAAGAUGCAGGCUCCCCCUUGUGGCAAUUCAAAAUAAAUCAGGACAGUGAUACAAGACUGCACAGUAGCUUUAUCAAGACACUUGUAAGGAUAUUCACGAUUAUUCUGAUGAUGGAAAUUCACCACGAUCAACUUAUCGUGAGGGUUUUUUAUCGUGAUCUGCAAUAAUAAUAAAUAAGAUUUCAUCCCAUCCCUACAUAGGAGAUGAUAGUAAAAUAUUUCUCACUUCACUAAUGCAAGGCUUCAGAGCUUAUAGAUAUAUCUUUGCCCUCUCAUGUCUUCAAAACUUGUUCCACUUUACUUGUGAGUGUGUAUGUGGAGGGGCUGCUGAUCUUGACACCUGCAUAAUUAUGCUAACAUAAACUCAGAAUUUUGCACUGACAGAAAACAUAUUUUUUUUUCUCUUUAAAUGUACAUAUACAGAACUUGCAACAGUCACAUUUUAGAAAGGGCAGGUUUCAAAGGGACACCGAGUAAAUCUCCAUCCUGAAUGACGUCUUCUCAUUGUUUGUAUAUAAGCAUAGAUAGCAUCAGCACGUAUUGUCAUUGUCCACAGCGGACCAUCUUGGAAGCACUGUGGCCGAUCAUGCAAGGCUGUUCUUACCUCUGGUCAGUGAAAGCUCGCCCUGUAUGGGAUGACGUGUGUUUGUGUCACACUGUUAAAUAUGCUUACAUGGGUAUGGGUAUUGUGGUCACUGUUCAUUUGUGGUACAUCUUACAUACAGUGAGUUUUUAUGUUGUAGAGACACUGGAGCUCAGCUUUGUGCACAGUUGAUUUCUCCACAUUCACACCUCACUGGUAUCUGUGUCAUUUUAUUUUAAGCAGUGCCUUAGUAUUAAGGAUUAGUAUUUGUUCUUUAUAGAAGCCAUCUUAUAUAAACCAUCAAAUUUACUUUUAACAGGUUUAGCAGCACAUAUUAUGUACAGUAUUUUAUUUCCUCUUUAUUUGGUAAGUCAUUGUGUAUAGCAACGAGUAUGAGGAGGAAAUGUGGAUGUGGCUUGUAAGAUGAGUUGCAAACAAAUUUUGAGCUCUUGUGUCAGUCUGUUGCACCUGACAGCGCACUUCUUCUUAUCAUGGUGUCUAAACUUGCACUGUCUUCAAAAUCCUAAAGAGGCAGGAGUACAGUAUGCCUUGUUAUUGGCAGUGUUGUCAUGGCCAACUCUCAUCAUACUUUCUUAUCCACUAUACACCAGUCUAAAUAUCACAGUGACUGGAACAAGGUGCUAUGUUUUCAUCCUGAAAUGUUGAAUAAGUUUUAAGAUAUGUUUUUUGUUUUUGUUUUUUUUUUGUUUUUUUGCUUGUUUUGUUUCAUAGGUUUGUCUUGUUUGUUUUGUUCUGUAAAUUAAGAAACACUAGCUGAAAAAUGAAACAUGCCAAAAGAACUUGUUUUCGGCACAGCUUUACAAUACACGUGUUGUUUUCUGUGAGUGAGUAGAGAGGCAAAUAAAUCUUAUUUUGAGUGUAUUUAAUCAUUUCACGUGUGGUUGAUUAUGUGAUGUUUAUUUGAAAUAAAAAUAUAUUUUAAUUUU